AUGGCGGCGGAGUGCGGGGCGGCGGAGGCGGUGGCGGAGCAGUGGCGCGCGGCCCUCCCGCAGCACGCGGUGCUCGGCCGCCUCCGCGAGCGCGCGCCCGGCCCUUCCCCGCACCCGCCCCGCACCCCCCUGAUCCGAGACCUCCUGGUGGGUGCGGGGGGAGAUCUCCUCCUCUGGGACCCCCACGCCCGCGCCUUCCACACCAUCGCCCUCCGCCGCCUCGGAGGAAACGACCCCGCCGCGCUCAGCCGCUCCCAGACCCUCCUCUGCAUCAACCCCCCCCUUUUUGAGGUGUACCAGACACUGCUGAGCCCCACGCAGCAUCACGUAGCACUCAUUGGGACCAAGGGGCUCAUGGUGCUGGAGCUGCCCAAGCGCUGGGGGAAGAGUUCUGAGUUUGAAGGUGGGAAAUCCACGGUGAACUGUAGCACUAUUCCUAUUGCUGAAAGAUUCUUCACGAGCUCAACAUCUCUGACCCUGAAGCAUGCUGCCUGGUAUCCCUGUGAGACAUUGGAGCCCCACAUUGUGCUUUUGACUUCAGACAACACUGUCAGGUUUUACAGCCUGAAGGUGCCUCAGACACCCAUCAAAGUGAUUGCUGUGUCAGACACGGAGGAGGAGACUCUAACCAUCAAUAAAGGGAGAGCCUACACAGCAUCCCUGGGAGAGACUGCUGUGGCUUUCGACUUUGGUCCCCUGGUGCCUGUCCCCAGGAAUGCUCUGGACCAACGAGGGAGUGAGGAGGUGCUGGCCUACCCACUGUACAUUUUGUAUGAAAAUGGAGAGACAUUCCUCACCUACAUCAGCCUGCUGCAGAGCUCUGGAAAUCUUGGCAAGCUGCUGGGCCCCCUGCCCAUGCACCCUGCUGCAGAGGACAACUAUGGCUACGAUGCUUGUGCUGUGCUGUGCCUGCCCUGUGUGCCAAACAUCCUGGUGAUUGCCACUGAGGCAGGAAUGCUCUAUCACUGUGUGGUCCUGGAUGGAGAAGAAGAUGAUGAGCAGUCAGAGAAGUCAUGGGACCCCAGAGCUGAUCUUAUUCCCUCCCUCUAUGUCUUUGAAUGUGUUGAGCUGGAACUCGCACUGAAACUGGCAUCAGGAGAUGAAGAGGAACCUCUGGACUCUGAUUUCUCUUGCCCAAUCAAACUGCACAGAGAUCCCAAAUGCCCCUCACGGUACCACUGCACACACGAGGCUGGUGUCCACAGUGUGGGCUUGACAUGGAUCAGCAAACUCCACAAAUUCCUUCGUUCAGAUGAAGAAGACAAAGACAGUUUACAAGAGCUGGGAGCAGACCAGAAGUGCUUUGUUGAACAUAUUCUUUGUACAAAGCCGUUGCCAUGCAGGCAACCUGCUCCAAUUAGAGGAUUUUGGAUUGUUUCUGACAUCCUGGGGCCCACCAUGAUCUGCAUCACAAACACCUACGAGUGCAUCACGAGGCCUCUCUUAAGUACAGUUCACCCUGCAUCCCCUCCUCUGCUCUGCACCAGAGAAGAUGAAGAUGUUGCUGUUUCCCCACUCCGGAUCCUGGCCAAGUCACAGCAUUCAUUUGAGAAGCACAUCCGGGGCAUCCUGCAGCGCAGCUCUGCCAACCCCUUGUUUCUGAAGUCUGCUGAUAAAGAUACUGCUCCUCCCCCUGAAGAAUGCCUUCAGCUGCUCAGCAGAGCCACACAAGUGUUCAGAGAGGAAUAUAUACUGAAACAGGAUCUGGCAAGAGAGGAAAUCCAGCAAAGAGUGAAGCUGCUGUGGAGACAGAAAAAAAAACAACUUGAAGAUCUUAAUUACCUUCGAGAGGAAAAGAAAAGUCUGCGGGAAAUGGCCGAGCGCUUGGCUGACAAAUACGAAGAAGCCAAAGAGAAGCAAGAAGAUAUCAUGAACAGGAUGAAGAAAGUACUUCGGAGUUUCCACUCUCAGCUUCCUGUUCUGUCAGACAGUGAGAAAGAUAUGAGGAAAGAGCUGCAGACAGUGCAUGACCAGCUGCAGCACCUGAGCAAUGCCAUCAGACAGGUUAAAAUGAAAAUGGAAUACCAGCAGAAGAUGAUGGAGAAGGGCACUGGCCCUCGACAGCCCAGCAUCAGCCUCAGUGCCUACCAGAGGAAGUGCAUCCAAACCGUCCUGAAAGAGGAGGGAGAUCGCAUCAGAGAAAUGGUGAAACAAAUCAAUGACAUCAGAAGCCAUGUGAACUUCUGACAUGGCCAAGAUGAGGAACCUACACCAAAAGGCUGGACAAGCUUUAACUUUUCCCUGCUAUUUCCCAUUGUAUAUUUAACAUUUGUAUGUUGAACUAUAUACCUCUUACUGGUUUGUACAGUUGGACAAUGAAAUAAAAUACUUUUGGUA